CUGAAAUCAAUGAUCUCUAAAAAGGGGAGUUUAUUAGAAGAAUGUGAUGUACUAAAGAUAAGCACGUCAUUUAUAAUGUUUUAUUUGCAUGCCUAAAUUUUCAAUAUUUUGGACAAGCAAAUUGAAGUAACUAAAUAAAAUUUGGAGGUAUAACUAUACAGAUGGUCUUAAUUGGCGGGUAUAUGUUUUAAGAUAGAAUACAGAGAUAUGUUUUGAAGAUAAAACAUUUGAUUUUAGGAUUAGUUGAUUUUGAACCCUCUACUUUACCUAUUUGGAUCUCCUUGAUCUUUUAUUAGUGUUUUAAUGCAUUUUGAUGAGAACUCUACUGCAUUUGUGUGUGUUUUAGUCAUUAUUAUGAGAUUACAUGGCAAUCAGGAAGCGAAUGAUAUUGUCAUAAACAUUGAUAACAUCAAGAGGGGUUCAAUGCUAUUGGAAAAUGCUCAUAAUUUAGAUAUUCCUCCAAUGCAAAAAAAAAGGGUAAUGUUGAAGUGAAGAAUUCAAGAGAAGAGGAUUAUCCAACACUGUCAUUAACAGAGAUUAACAGAUUCAAAAUGGGGCUAAUAUAUGCUUCAACUAUGAACAAAUAACCUGUGAAAAAGUUUUCUAUGGUGAACUCCUAAGAUUUUUAAUGGUAUAGGCAAUCAAGAGAGGGCACUUAGAUUUUAUCCUUCAACUCAACAGAAAAGAAACAGUUUUCAAGAAAUCGGAGUGGAAUGAGUGGUCUCAAAAUCUUUCAGUGAUUAACAGGCAAGCUCCAAAAAUGAAACAGUACUAGGAGCUACAGUGAUCUGAUGCAUUGACUAGCUGGGUUUCACACACUAGCCUAAAUCCUUGGUCUCGGUUUCAAUGCUUGUCUUUAAGCCACUUUGAACCGGUAUGCUUGGUUAAGCUAAUGAAAUUUAUGUUUCAUUAAAUAAGAAAAAUGUUUUAUGGAGGUUAAAUUAAACAAAAGUAUCCAUGAAAAGAACAAAAAAAUCAAUGCAUCAUAUAAAAUAAUUUCACCAAAACCAAAUACGUACGUGGUAACUGCUGUAAGAAUGUGUGCCAGAAUACAUCAAUAACCGCAUACAGAUUGGUCCUUCUCGCCAGUGCGGUGUAUGCCAAAGAGGACUUAUCCUAUUUUGAUGAAAAACACAUGUCAGGAAAAUGUGCAUGUUGGAAAGAAAAAAUUAUUUAUCAUACACAUAAACAAAAUUAAUUACCAUUGUCCUCAGUAUAAUCAAACCUCAUACGGUAAAAAGCACAUCCAUACUCGUUAGAUAGCACUUCGUCCUACAUGAGACAAUCAUUGAAGCAACAGUUCACCAAGAUCGGAAACAAAACAUACAUAUGUAUAUAAUUUUAACUUUAAAGUAGAAAGCUGCACUCACUCUGAUUCUAAGAAAAACUUCUUGUGUUUCAAUUUAUUGGAUAGUUCAUCCAAUGAUUCUUCCCACUCUUUGUUUUGGUCCACACCAGACUACAAUAUUACAUAAAAUUGGAUAAGUAAAUCAAACGUUUUUAGUAGAUAAAAAGAAUCAAGGUUAGUCAGAAGUUACUUGAAUCGUAUUUAAGAAAUUCAUCACUGGCUUGUGAAACUUAUCUUUCAAAUCUUUGACUUCAUUCUUUUUCACUACAUCGUGAAGUGAAUCUAGCCAUUUGCAUAUUUGAAGUUCUUCACUAAGAACAUGCUCAUGCUCAUGAUCUUCCUCUUUAAUAAGAGAGCUCCCAGUAUGAAGUGACGGUGGACUAUUCUACCAAACUACAAUAGAAAGAUUCUCCGUACAAAAGAAAUGGCAGUCUGAAAAGUAAGCAAUAGUCCCCCCCCCCCACUCUGUCUUUAUUGGUAUAAACUAGCUAUAGUAUUUUCAUGGGAAUUGCAGCAACUUACCUUAUAUGCAACUUAGUGGGUUCAUAUCCCCCAGCAUUGGUAAACUUUCCAUAUUAAGAAGACUGUAAGUGCAUUAAUGUUAACAUUUCGGAAUUUACUAUUAAAGCUUAAACCUCAUCGGGGGGGGGGGGGGGGGGGAUGAAAUAUAUUCAAAGAUGCAAUUUUUGGGCCAGGAAGUGUUUAAUUUGUCCUGUUUAAAACCAGGGCGCUCCACCAGAACAGCUUACAUGGCGUAUUUCCAAUCGAGAUUGGUCGUUGUACUGAACUAAGACCAGUGUACCUUAGGUCUAACUAUCUUCAAGGAGGCAUACCUUCAGAUAUUGGGAACCUAUCAAUGCUGAACAUACUGGAUUUAUCGAGCAACGCUCUCAGGGGUGCUAUACCUUCUUCAAUUGGGAAACUGAAACUUCUUCGUCAUUUCAAUUUGUCUUCAAAUUUCUUCUCGGGCGAGAUCCCAGAUAUUGGAAUUCUUAGCACUUUCAGAAGCAAAUCGUUCAUUGGGAACGUAGAUCUGUGUGGCCAACAAGUGAACAAGCCAUGCAAAACCUCAAUGGGAUUCCCUGCAGUUUUCCCUCAUGCAGAAAGUAAUGAAGCAUUAGUUUCAGUUAAGAAACCAUAUCAUUACAUGAGAGCAGUGGUAAUCGGUGCAAUGUCUACUUUAGGCCUUGUACUGGUUGUCCUCCUUGUUUCCCUAUGGGUUUGGUCAGCUUCAAAGAAGGAAAGGAAAGCAAAAAAAUACACAGAAGUCCAAAAACAAGCUACUCAAGAACCAUGUGCCAAGCUUAUUACAUUUCAUGGUGAUCUUCCAUACCCUUCAUGCGAGCUAAUCAAAAAGAUUGAAUCACUAGAUGAACACAUUGUAGGUGCUGGAGGAUUCGGUACAGUCUAUCGAAUGGUUAUGAAUGAUUGUGGCACAUUUGCCGUUAAACGAAUUGACCGUAAUCGCCAAGGCUGUGAUCAAGUCUUUGAGAGGGAGCUGGAGGUCUUGGGCAGCAUCAAACACAUAAAUUUGGUCAACCUCAGAGGCUACUGCAGUCUUCCCGGUGCAAAGCUUCUGAUCUAUGAUUUCUUGGCUAUGGGAAGCUUGGAUGACUUGCUGCAUGGUCAACCUCCUCGAGAUUUGGAUGAAGAGCUGUCAUUAAAUUGGAGCACGCGUUUAAGAAUAGCUCAUGGUUCUGCUAGAGGAUUGGCGUACCUGCACCAUGAUUGCAAUCCUAGAAUAGUUCACUGUGAUAUAAAAUCAAGCAACAUACUCCUUGAUGAGAACCUAGAGCCUAAACUUGCGGACUUUGGUCUAGCCAAGCUUUUAGUAGAUGAGAAUGAUCAUGUCACAACUGUGGUUGCAGGAACCUUUGGUUACUUGGCUCCAGAAUACUUGCAGAGUGGAAGAGCCACUGAAAAGUCUGAUGUCUACAGCUUUGGUGUUCUCCUAUUAGAGCUUGUUACAGGAAAGCGACCUACCGAUCCUGCGUUUGUAAAGCGAGGCCUGAAUGUUGUUGGCUGGGUAUUUUCCAAACAUCAUCACAUCACAUAUUAUGCAUGUAUAGCAAAUGAGCCAUGCUGAGCUCAAAUCUGUGUAAGCUUGAGCUUGAAAUAGCUGUAUUUGCUCGAGUUUGAAAUUGAACAAACCCAAGUCAGAUGAAUACCUUACAAAAGGAGAACCGGCUUGAAGCUGUGAUAGACAGCAGAUGCGCGGAUGCAGACAUAGAGACAGUAGAAGCUGUCAUAGAAAUUGCAGCAAGAUGCACCGAUGCAAAUCCAGAAGAAAGGCCUUCAAUGCAACUGGUGUUGGAGUUUUUGGAGCAAGAGGUGGUGUCCCCUUGCCAGACCGAUUCAUACGAGUCCCAUUCAGAUUAUUCUUGAUGUACCCCACACAUUGAUAUGAACAUUUUAUUCAUUAUUGUAUUUUAAUUUAUUCUAAAUCUAUUUUUUUUGUACUUACGACAUUUCAGUUUGUUCAGGUGCUUAUGAGAUUCUCUUAGCAUAGCAAUUGCAUUGAAAAAAUGAUCUUUUCAGUUUCAUGAAAGUAAGAAAAUACAGCAAGACAAACACUUCUAAAUUAUAAGAGAAAACAGUCGAUUUAGUACCUCAAGUUGCACCGUGUGGAGUAAAGAGUACCUGAUCUUGAAAAUCAAACGGAUAAUUUGGGUGCAACCGAGAUGGCUUAUGGAAAGUGUGGAUGUGGGAUGCCUGUGAAACUGAUGACGUCCUGGACAGAUGACAAUCUAGGGAGACGGUUCAUUGCAUGCUCAAGAAGUAUAGGUGGCUGCUGCAACCUGUUUGAAUGGAUUGAUCCUGAAAUGUGUGCAAGGUCCAAGCUCAUUAUACCAGGUCUUUUGAGGAAAAUAAACAAGCUACAGGCUAUGGUUGAUGAGGCACAAGCAGUCAAGAAUAAACAGAAUUGAAGAUGUGGCCUGUGAAAUGGUUUAUCAUAGGAGGAAUUGUGCUGAUACUGGUGUUGGUGAUAUGUUUUGGCAAUGAAAAGAAGAAGGUCUUAGAAGACCUGUAGUGGUUUAUGAUCAAUUGUAAUCCAUGUUCCUAGUUUGCAUGUGUUUCUAGUUAGAAGACAUGUAAUCCUUAGUUUUAUGUUGUAAACUUGUACGGGUUUAUGCUCAGUUCUUAGAAGACCUUGUACUGCUUAUUUAGUAUGGCUCUUGAAUGCCAUUUAAGUUUGAAAUUUGGUUAAUGAUGUAUGACUUGAUGUUAAUCACUUUAAAUUGAUGUGAAUCAUUAAUGAAUUAUGGUUAUGUAGUUUGUGUUUUGAAUGCCA